AGCACGCGAAACUUUCCCCUCGGCAUUUCACUUCAGUGCUUGUUGCGUGGAUCUGGAAACGUUCGGUGGAAACUUUUCUCAGCAAAUAAAAGUCCUUGAAAAAUAUUUUUGAGCGGCUAAAGAUAAAUUGUUCUGUGAAGUGUUUCAUAAAUCCCUUUGCUAUAGAGUAAUCUUUUUGUUUGCAGAAAGUUUUUUUCAGAAAAAAGUUAGAAAUUCCUCUAUGUUUGGAGAUCAAGGAGGCGGUUGAGUCUUCUGUCUUCAUGCAAAACUACCAGCAGAGAUGCAUCAUGUUCUCGGAGAUUUCUGUCAUGAUCAUUGUUAACGUCAUAAUGGCCACAGCACGGGAUGAAAAUGAAUAUCGUCUCACGAAGUAUCUCCUUUCAAAUUACGACAAGAGCGUCCGACCUGCUCGACACACCUCCGAACCUGUGAAUGUGACUUUUGGACUUGCCCUGACGCAAAUUAUUGAUGUGGACGAAAGAAACCAGAUUUUAACUACCAACUGCUGGCUUAAUCAGAUUUGGAUGGAUUAUGGAUUAGUGUGGAAUCACUCUGAAUUCGGAGAUAUUAAAGUAGUCAGAAUACCAGCAGAUAAAGUAUGGCGACCUGAUAUUAUCUUAUACAACAACGCUGAUUCUCAGUACAAUAAUGCCAUCUUGAGUACCAACGUCAUUAUUUCCUCAGACGGAAACCUCACCUGGCUCUCCAGCGCCAUCUUCAGGAGUUCGUGUAAAAUAAACGUCGCAUGGUUUCCAUUUGAUGAACAAAACUGUUCUAUGAAAUUCGCAUCGUGGUCCUAUGAUGGCUUCAGAGUAAAUGUCAUUAUUCAAACAAAGGAAGGCGAUUUAUCGAAUUACGUGGAGAAUGGAGAAUGGGACCUUAUUACUAUGCUUGUUGAAAGAAACGAAGUAUACUACUCCUGCUGUCAGGAGCCGUAUCCAGAUGUGACGUUCCACAUAGUUCUUCGAAGGCGGCCCUUGUUCUACGUGUUCAACCUCAUUCUUCCAUGCAUGCUGAUCACGGGCAUCGCCCUGCUCAGUUUCUAUAUGCCUUCCGACUCGGGGGAGAAGGUCACCCUGGGCAUCACCACCCUCCUCUCCAUGACCGUCUUCCUCAUGGUCAUCGGAGAGAGUAUGCCGCCCACUUCGGACACAGUGCCGCUUAUAGGUCUCUACUACGCUGUCGUCAUGACACUGGUGUCACUGGCAACGGCCAUGUCAGUGGUAACAUUAAACAUUCAUCAUCGAGGACUCCACGGAAACGAAGUUCCUUCAAUUGUCAAAAAGUUCGUAUUUGGCGUUCUAGCUAAGAUGCUUUUCAUUCGAGUGCAAUUUCCAGAUACUUUAGAUUCAAGUAACUCGAUGUUUUGCAGAAUGUCUAAUACAAAGAUAAUACCAGACAAAGAUUAUUGUGAAAAUGGAGGCAUUUCUCCCAAACUCCACUGCAGCAACAACUGCAUUACAAAUCUUCACAGAGCAAUAAAGAACCCCAUGGAGAAUUUCGAGAUACAAUUUUUAAAAGUGCUGGAAAAAGUUUACCAAACUAUUGAAAGAAAUGAAAUUCGUACAACAGAACAAGACAGGAGAGACAAAAUCAAAUCAGAAUGGCAACAUGUAGCAUUAAUAAUAGACAGAUUUUUGUUAUGGGUAUUUAUUAUAUCCACUCUUGGCACAACAUUUGGAAUUCUUUCAAUGUCCCCGCAUGCCAGAUUGUAUUGAAAAUAUUAUAUAAUUUAAACAUUCAAGAUUAAAAGAAGGUCAUACACUUAUGAUAUAAACAUUAAAAAUGUUUAAUGGUAAGAAAUUGACAUUUUAGUCAGUUUUAAUGAAGUAAAGGUUAGGCAGUAAGUUUGAAAUUGUUCAGGCAUAUAAUCGUUGAAGUUCGCACAUCUGAAAUAAUAGAAACCAUGAAGGAAUUACAAAGUUGAUGGUUACAGGAGUUGUGAAGAGUAGAUAAAAGAAUGCCUAUUAG